AUGGAACAUUACGAUGCAAAGUUCAAGGCACUGAAGGAUCUUAGUCAAUGUCCAUUACCAGAUUCAGCCUUCAAGACAUUUCUGCUGGAGAAGCAAACUAUCAUUUCGUCGUUGGCUGCUGAGUUGAAGAACAAGAAGAAGAGUGCUGGUCGACGUGCUCUCAAAGAAUCUGAUCCUUUGUUUAUCGCCAUUGGGGACGUGCAGGAGGUCAUGAUUUCGCUGCAGAACCUCUUGAAGUGUCUACUUGGAACAGCUCAGAUCGAUGCUGAGACCAGCCUUCUUGCUUACAUUGAUGAUGCUAUGCGAAGCUAUGAGCUCAAGGUCAAUAGUUCCAUCAUGCGACGAGCAUUGAAGAGUUUGAUCAAUGACGACUUCAAGCUUGGUGCAUGGAGCAAUCUCGUGUCGGUUUCCAAGAAGACAAUUGAUGAGCGCUUCCUUCCUGCAGAUGAUGGUGUGACAGCAGAUGACUUCUACAUGCUUAUGUGCUCUCAGAUCUUGCAGAAGAUGCUUCGUACAGCGACCCAGAAGUUCAAGCCCAAGGACAUUCGUUUUUUGUUUGUUUGGUUGUUUUGUUUGCUGCCUUUUGUUUUGGAAAUAAAAGUUUAA